AUGGCUCUCCAAUUCGACGAAGCCGAGUUGCUCAAAGCCUACCAUCUCGACUCACUCGAGCCAUUAUCAUGGCACACGACAGAAACCGAGGCGGAUGACAAAGGCGCCGCUUCUUCCAUGGCUGUAGCUGACGAUCCUGAUCCGCUCGGCCUCCGCUCGUCCAUGGCCACAUUCCGCGGCCUACCCAAGGACAUCAAGAUGCAAACUUCUCUCUCGUCCAAAGCAUUCGACGCCAAAGUGUUUCUCUCUACCAUCCACCCGGAUGCCACCUUUGCCGACCUAUCGCAUGGCAUUCAGCACCUCAAGAGUAGCAUCGAUCAGCGCUCCGAGGCCCUCAAAGUGCUGGUCGAAGACAACUUUGACCGCUUCGUCGCGGUCAAAGCUACCACCGACGGAGUCUACCGCGAGAUGCGAGAUACAGAGUCUGGACCUCUGCAGCCGCAGGAAGACUACGGCGUCGCCUCGCUCAACAAUAUCCUCGCAAACGCCUCGGCAAAGGCAGACCAAGUCUUCAUGCCCGUCCUCGAAAACAAUCUCAAGACCAUCAAGCUCCGAUCGACGCUCAACGUCUUCGAACGUUCCAAGUUCUUUUUCAACUUGCCCAGCUCUCUUUCCGAAUCCGUCGAAAUGGGCAGAUACGACGUAGCGCUGCGCGACUACAAGAAGGGCAAGUAUCUCCUCGACAGCCGGCCUGGCCAGCUCUUGGCAGUGGGUAGCGCCAAACAGCCAGAGUCUGCAGGCGGGGGAGCGAGGAAUGACAUCCAGCAGAAACGUGUGUUUGCCAAAGUGUGGGAUGCCGUCGAAGUCACGAUGAAGGAUAUGCAGAGUCGGCUCACUGCGCAACUGCGCGAACAGCGACGCAGCGUCGACGAGCAGGAAAAGACGAUCGAAAUCCUGCUCGAGUUGGAUCCCACCGACGACCCCGUGUCGAUCUUCCUCGAAGCGCAGCACCAGCACUUGCGCAGUGUGAUGCGCAAGACAUUUGAUGCGGGUGUGGCGCGCAUCGAGACGGUGCGCUCGGCCCAGCGGCCGUCGAGCAGCUCGGCCGACCGCGAUCGUGCGAAGGAUCUGCAGAAGAGCAUGCGAUUGUCGGGCAGGAUCGAUGCAUCGUUCGACAAGUGCACGGGUGCCGACAGCUGGAAAGCCAUGUUCGACUUAGUCAAGGCACUGUCAGAGACCAUCACGGGCUCGCUGCCGAGUUUCUGGCGUGUGGCCAAGAAUCACGCCGAAGGAAAGUUCACAAAGAGUAAAACACGCCUCGGCGGCUCCUCGUCGGCAACAACGGCGACGCAAGGCACUGCCAUGUCAGCGCAGAAUAAGGCAUGGGCCGUCGAAGCCCUAGACGCAUACAUCAGCCUGGUGUCGCAUCUCUUUUCGCUCACAGACAUGUCGAUUCUCGUGAGGCAGCCGCUGCCCACACAACUACCUGAAUGGGUUCCCGCAGGAACAUCCUCGCCCACAGCAGCACACUACAUGCGCGAGAUGCUCACGCAGCUCGUGGAAGCGUGCAACGACCUGGCUUCGCUCGGGAUCACCUCUGCAAGCUCGUUGCGGGGCCUGCUGACCAACGCACGCUUCAGCUUCGUGCAGGUCUUGUGCGUGCUGUGGCAGGAGGACGCCAAGCUGUUCCACAUGCUUGAAGACUGGACGUUGAAUGCGGAUGAACAGGCGACUACGCUGCAUCUGCGCGAACUCGCUGCGUUUCACAAGAGCAAUGCUCGACAUGCGUUCCACCUUGCUGGGGGCAGGUCGCCAUCGACACCGGUGUCGGCACUCGAGGCGAGUCGCAAGAACAGGCAUGGGGAGCAGCCGGUUGCGCCCGAGUUCACAGCGAGGAUCAAAGGCGCCUUUCUGGAUGCGCUAUACGCCUUUCUGGAUGGGCUGGUCCAUCUGGCGUUUUCCGAGUAUAGCCCGCUAGAGCCGCGCACGGCGCUAUCGGUGCAGAGUGUGCCCGGGCAUCCGGGAAGCGUCGUCGAUGUGAAGGAUCUGGACACGCGCGUGCUACUGAGCGUGACGAAUGUCUCGCACCUCUCGCGUGUCGUUGUUCCGAGUUUGGUGAAACAGUUCGCAGACGCUUACGCCGUGUCCAUGGACGAGGACCUGGCGACGCUCACGGAGGUGUCGACGCAGCUCGAUGCGAUUCUGUUCAACGACUAUAUCAAGCGCAAGUCCGCGCUGGUAUCCGAGAUCCUCUCACACGGCAUUCUUGGCUCGGGCAUCGACUGGGCCGGCAUCCCCAAGCCGUCCGCAGUGCACCCGUUCAUCUACCAAGCGCUGCUGUCGCUCGUUCAGGUGCACGCACACGUGCGCAGCAUCGCCAAACCGCUCGUCACCCGCACCAUCACCACGCUCGUCGACGACCUGGCUCAGACCACGCUGCAGUCGUUCCAGCGCAUCUCGCGCUUCGGCAUGGGCGGCAUGCUCCAAGCCACACUCGAGAUCGAGUUCUUGCACCAGACGCUCAGCGCCUUCAUCAGUGCCAAGGCGGAAGCGCUGCUCAAACAGGUGUACGAGACCAUCUCGCACAAGUACAAGCGUGUCGAGGCCGGCGACAAGGAGCAGCUGCAGCACGAGCUGGAGCGCGUCAAGCAGAUUCUGAUGCAGAGCAGGAAGGCGACCGCCUUGGAGUUCCUGUGCUUCCGCAAGUCGAGAAAGGACAGGGAGGAAGCUGGGUGA